UCUUUGGAUGGGAGGAAUGGAAAGUCAUGAGGAGGAACGCCGAAAGAACUCAGAGAAGCACGAGAUGGACGAGGUCAACGUGGUCGGGUUCAUCCAUAAAGUCCUGAAGCUUCACGAGGACUUCACCGCAGCCGAGAUCCACAAGGUCAUCGGGGCAAUCGAGGUCAAUGGGUUCGAGGUCCCCGUGGGUGAAGAAAACUUUGCUGUUGCACUAUAUCCACGCGGCUAUCUCUUUCAACAUGAUUGCGUCCCCAAUUGCGAGAAGUUUCUGAACAGAGAAAGAUCAUUGUACCUAAAGGCAGUCGUAGAUGUACCCAAAGGCACUCCUUUGUCUAUCAGCUAUACAGAUCAAAUGUGGGGCACCGUCAAUCGACAAUAUCAUCUCAUGGAGAGCAAGUACUUCACCUGCACCUGUUCCAGGUGUUCCGACCCGAGGGAGCUUGGGACGAUGUUCAGCGCGGUGCGUUGCAACCGUUGCCGCAAGGGGUAUCUUCUCUACCAUAUGGGCAAAAACAAUGACACUCCGGGAAAAAAGUGGAAGUGCGACGGAUGCGACAACGAGUGGUCGAACGAGGAAAUGGAGCUUUUCAUGGAGAAGAUCGGAGAGAGAUUGAUUCGGAUUCCCCGAGGAGACGUCCCAGGAUACGAAGCUUUCAUCGAGAAACAAAACCACGUUUUGCAUCCCAAUCACUUCUUCAUUGUGGAAGUGACGAGGGCUAUUUGCGAAUCCGACCUCAAUGCAACAGGGAUGGAUCUGCAUCGUAGGGAAGACCAUUGCCGCCGAUUACUCUCCCUAGCCAACAUACUCUGUCCGGGUCUGACGAUGGCGAGGGGGAUUCACUCGUACCAACUGGAGGCCCUCUUAUCAGCCGAGGCGGAGGAAGUGAAGGAGGAAGAAAAGGACAAGAAGCUCCAGUUGCUCCUCGAAGCGACGAAGAUGGGGGAAGAGGCGAAGAGAUGCCUGGAAAACAAGCAUUCGAAUGGACCCGAUGUUCCCAUUUUCCACAUUUUACAGGAGGACCUCAAGAAUCUCCUCCAUCGAAUCUCACUUCAUCAAUCAUCCGUCUAA